AUGCUUGUAAUUAAUUUAUCAUUUUAUUAUUCUCUUUCAUUCCUCUGCAUAUUCAAAUCACACGUACAGACAAGCCAGUUAUGCUUAGCAAUUCCGGCAUGCUGCCGCCACCGGGAGCGGCGGAGCUCUCCGUUGUCGUCGCGAACGACGACGAUGACAGAAAUUGGGUGGAGAGGCUCCUCAAAGAUUGCGCGUGCGCGAUCUCCGAGAAGGACUCUGCCAAGACCCACCAUCUGUUGUGGAUGCUGAACGAGCUGGCGUCGCCGUACGGCGACGCCAGCGAGAGGCUCGCUGCGCAUUUCCUGCGCGCCUUGUUCUGCAAGGCAACCCAGACCGGCCCCAGGGUCUACAGGACUCUGGUCUCGGUCUCCGCGAAGGCCCACACCUUUGACUCUGCCCGGAAAGUGAUGCUCAAGUUCCAAGAGGUGAGCCCGUGGACGACGUUUGGCCACGUGGCGGCGAACGGCGCAAUCCUGGAGGCCUCAGACGGCACCGCGAAGCUCCAUAUCGUCGACGUCAGCAACACGUUCUGCACGCAAUGGCCAACGCUUCUCGAGGCCCUCGCCACGCGGCACGACGACACGCCUCACCUGAAGCUCACCGUCGUCGCCGCCACCGCCUCCUCCGCCGCCGUGAAGUCGCUGAAGAACGAAAUAGCCCAGAGACUCGAGAAGUUCGCCCGCCUCAUGGGAGUCCCGUUCGAGUUCAACGUCGUCACCGAGUUAACUCGCCUCGGGGAGAUCACGAAAGAGAUUCUAAACGUGCACGACGACGAGUCGGUCGCCGUGAACGUCGUCGGAGCGCUGAGGCGCGCGGGACAGAGAGCAGAGGCGCUCCGCGCCAUCCGCUCCCUGAACCCGAAAAUCGUGACGGUGGUGGAGGAGGAAGCGGCGGAGGCCGCCGGGAAUGGCGAAGGCGACUUCGAGGAGUGUCUGGGCUUCUACCGACGGUACUUCGGAAUGCUGGAGGAGAGUUUUCCGGCGACGAGCAACGAGAGGCUGGCGUUAGAGAGGGAGGGGUCGAGGAGCAUGCUGAGGGCGGUGGGAUGCGAUGACAUGGCGGAGGAGGACGGCGGCGGCGAGUGCGAGAGGAGGGAGAGGGGAGGGCGGUGGGCGGGGAGGUUUAGGGAGGCGGGGUUCACGGCGGUGGCGCUGAGCGACGACACGGUGGACGACGUCAAGGCGUUGCUGAAAAGGAAUCUUCUUGACAUGGAAACAUGAACCAGUAGUGUGGGCAUCUGCAUGGAAACCCUAGCAAAUUAGCUACAUGCAUGAUUUAAUUAAUUAAGACUAUUAUUGAAUUGAUUGAUUUUCCACAAGUGAAAAUAGAUUGUAGUGAUAUUCGUUAUAGAUUUGUAAUUAGAUGAAGAAUACCAUGAUAGUUUCAUAAAAGCUUCCUGAUUUG